GGGGUCCCUGCGUGGGGGGGCUUGAAGAAGGGACUGGCCGGAGGGGUGAAAGGCAAAAGGAGAAUGUUUUCGUUCUCACUGCGGUGUCGGAUGGGAGUUAUCAGAGGAAGAGUUAAAGGUAAGACGUGGCAGAGAAGAAUAUAUGAUGUGUACAUAAGGUGUGGGACCUUUACGUUUAGGUGUGUUUGUGCAGGUGUAAAGGCUGAACUUUAUGUAUCGUAGUGGGUGUAUUCUUCAGGGACGCCUAAAGAUUAUGGCCCAGUUUCACAGACAAGGCUUAAGGCUAGUCCUAGACUAAAAUGAAGGUUUGACCGGUCUUAACUCAAUACAACAUGCCCAGAAAUAUCUUAAAAUAUAACAGUGCCAUUGUUUUGUCUCAAGAUGCACACCAUUAAUGUAUUCUUCUAAGGUAUUUUUAUAAAAGCGACAUAAAUAUCUUAAUUCAACUAAGGCAUAGUCCUGGUUUAAGAUAAGCCGUGUCUGUGAAACCGGGCCUAUGUGUCUGUGCAAUAUUUUCUAUAGACCACUUUGGAAAACGUAAGUAACGCUGGUGCAGAAGAACUUACUAUUUCAGUUUUUGUAACAAAACACAAACGUUUGAAGAAAAUACGAUCAACAGAACAUUUAUAACCAAAUUCAAAUGUUAAACAAAUAUCUUUAAGAUUUUAUAUACGUAAGAUUUUAAAAUAAAAAAUAAAUAAAAAUGUAACCGGAUGUGCUUCUGGACCAGUGUUUAUGUCUUACAAAGAGGCCUAUAAGUUUAUAUAUAUUUUUGACUGUACAGUAGUAUGCCCUUAAAAUGGAAAAUAAAAUGAGUUGUCCUGUAUCAGCUGACCUGCAUAACUAACUUUCAGCCACACGGGGGCAGUAUAGUGUCAGAAUGUCUUGCACUUACAGUUUGUCCAGUUUUAAUUCUCUACAAAUAAAUGUGAAUACAAACUAUAUUUGGAAAUUUGAGGAAACGUUGUCAGCAGUUGAAUAUGAAUAGAAUGAAACAAAAAUGAUCAUUUUACCUAAACACCUAUAAAUAAUGGAGUUGUCUCCUAAUGUUUUAGAGCUGUUUUUAGCAUUUCUAUAAAAAAGUGUCAGGAAAUAACAUCUCUAUUAGGACAGCAGAGUGGAAAUGUAAUGAAUUUAAAGUAAUUGUAUUAACCUGUGGUGUUAGUAAGUCCAUGAUCAUGUCAGUAAAAUCACAGUCGGUUACAAAAGUUUGACUCUUUCAGCUUUACAGUAGUCGAAAUUGCAGAAUCAAGAUAUGUUGCAUGAUGUCUGAUGUCAUGUAUGCUGUUUAAGGGAGUAGCGCAUAUUUAUGCCAUAUAAAGAAAUGUGUUUGCAGUGUGUUAAAGGAAAGAAAACAGGUGUUCGUCGUCUCCUACACAUACAAUGCAGCUGUCAAAUGAAAUAUCUCCACCGACCCUAAAAACGAAGCUUGAGCGGUUGUUCAUCGACAGGCUCUCAGUCCACAGCUAGUAAAGUUUAUUACUUCCAUGUUGUGCAUAAUAAACCCCAAGGCUUAAACAAGCUAACAGGAUCAUUCAGAUUUUGAAGCUCAUAGUAAAGAUUUUUAAAUGCCUUUAAGUAAGGGAUAACGUACAGUCAGCUGAUUAUUAUCUUAAAAAUAAAUCGACACAUCAACGUGAGGGGUUUUGUUUUACGGAAGCGAGUGGCUGACUUAACAUUAUCCUGCUUAUUACGUUACUGCUUGCCAAAAUAAAUCAAUGAUCAUAAAAUAUAGAUUGGUGUGAGACAGAGAGAGAGAGAGACAGGGAGGAGUAAGUGAUUUUGCGUGAGGCACGUGGGGUCGAUACAGUAGUGAGAGGGCGGUUAUAUUUUGCGUUCACAAGCCGACUGGUAAAAAUAUACUCCUAAACACAGAGCGCGCGCGCGAACGAUUAAUAGAGCCGUGCAUGAAGGAAGAGCACGUCUGAACAGUGUGUUAGGAAGGAGGGAGGAGAGAAAUGUGAGUCUCGUGUGUGGCUUUGCUGUCUGGGGCGGAUCUCUGUAAAGCACUGAAGCGUUCGGCUACAUUCCCACACUGCAGUGCUGUCAUAGCUGGAUAAACUACCAUCUGCUUCUUCUGAUGCUGCAAACACAGGACUGAAGCUCUGAUCUGUUCAGUGGAGACUAGUUGCAUGUGUGGCGUCUGAAAGAAGAGAGGACCACGUUAUGACGAUUGGUAACAGGAAAUUGGAGUGACACUGGAACAUCCACUGGAAAAAUCCUAUGGGACACACACACACAGUUUUAUUCAGGCACAUGUGAUGCUGUUGUAGGGAAUCCGCAGAGUCGUAAGGACUUGGAAAUUCUGCGAAGUUGGAGUUUUGCGAACGGAUGCACGUGUUUUAUUUCUUUUUCGCCAUUUCAUUCCGUGUAAAGAAACACUUUUCCUUUGAGGGAAGCUCCAAGGGAUUCUACCUCAAGUAGCCGGUAGAAUUAAAUAGGUUAAUGUGUUCAUUUCCACAUGGGCGUUUUAGCAAAGGUAGUCACACGGUUUAGUCAGUUUUAGUCGGUUCACAAACUGGCGUGUGGCAGAAUGGAAUCGUGACAUUCCCAUGAUGCUUUGUGGCUUGAGGAAAGAGGGUCGCAACAACAGUGAUGAUGGCCCAUACACAAAGGGAAAUAAAGACUCGGCUGCGAGUGACGGCCUCACCAAGAGGUGCAGUCUUGCCGAUGAACAGAGAGGUGUGACGACUGUUGAACUGAUUAAAAAAGAGGGCAGUAGUCUCGGCCUCACCAUCUCCGGAGGCUGUGACAAGGACGGCAAGCCGAGAGUGUCAAACCUGAGACCCGGAGGUCUCGCAGCCCGGAGUGACCAGCUCAAUGUUGGUGACUACAUAAAAUCAGUCAACGGGAUAAACCUGUCCAAACUGAGACACGAUGAGAUCAUCAGCAUGCUGAAGAACAUCGGCGAGCGUGUGGUGCUGGAGAUUGAGUAUGAGCUUCCUCCGUUCGCCCCCAGUAAUCCAUGCAGUGUGAUCUCCAAGACUAUUGAAGUGUGUGUAGAGAAAGAGGGCAACAGCUUUGGUUUCGUCCUGAGAGGGGCCUUCCAUGAGGACUGGCAUAAGGCUCGACCUCUAGUGGUGACCUACGUCAGGCCCGGAGGACCUGCAGACAGGGAGGGAACCCUGCGCGCCGGCGACCGCGUGUUGAGUGUGAACGGAGUGGCUCUGAACAGACAGAAACAUGCUGACGCUCUGACCCUGAUCAUGCAGAGUGGCCACGAGGCUUUCUUCCUCAUCGAAUACGACAUCGCCAUCAUGGCUUCAGUGCAGAAGUCUUCUGGACCGCUGCAGGUGGAGAUCUCUCGCACCACAGGCUCAGUACUGGGACUCGGUCUCACUUCCUCCCCCUACAGGAACAAACACGUCAUUACAAUCCAGAAGAUCAAACCUGCUAGUAUCGCCGACAGGUGUGGUGCUUUGCAUGUUGGGGAUAUUCUUUUAGCUAUAGAUGGCAUGAGUACAGAGCACUGUUCACUGAUGGAGGCACAACAGCUCCUGUCAAACUCCUCUGAACUCACCAAACUAGAGAUCCUGCCCUCUGAACACACCGUAUCUGUACACGAUACAGUACGUGUUCAGAAGAGCAGUCACCGUCCGUGGGAUUCGAGCGAGAACUACAUCAGCGCUCCUCCACCCUUCCAGAAAACCCCUUCAGCCUGGAGUCACACCACCCCAACACCGUCACACUGCCGAUCUGUGACGUCUGGAAGCUCCACAAACACAUCCGGCUUUCACAGUUACAACUGCGGGACCCAGUACCCCAACACGUUCCCCAGCAACACCCUGCCCUCUUACCCCUCCAGCCCUCGCUGUGCGGUCACUAAGAAGAGACACAGGAGAAGAGAUCACUUAUCUCUGGCAUCGAGUACAGUGGGCGCCGGUGGUCAGGUCGUGCAUAUCGAGACCAGUGAGGUGGUUCUGAGAGGAGAUCCUCUUAUCGGCUUUGGGAUUCAGUUACAGGGAGGUGUGUUCGCUACAGAACCGCUGUCCGCGCCCGCCUGUAUCCGAUUUAUAGAGCCCGACACACCUGCUGAGAGGUGUGGAGUGUUACAAGUCGGAGACAGACUUCUUUCAAUUAAUGGAAUUCCAACUGAGGACGGAACACUGGAAGAAGCCAAUCAGCUGCUCCGAGAUGCUGCGCUGGCCAAUAAGGUCACGCUGGAGGUGGAGUUUGAAGUUGCAGAGUCGGUUAUCCCCAGCAGUGGCACAUUUCAGGUGAAGAUGCCCAAGAGACGAGGAGUGGAACUGGGUAUUACUAUCAGUGCCAGCAAGAAGCCCGGAAAACCUCUGAUCAUCUCUGAGAUACAGAAAGGCAGCAUUGCACACAGAAUAGGAACUUUGGAGCCGGGUGAUCGUUUAUUGGCUAUUGAUAAUGUUCGACUGGAUAACUGUGGGAUGGACGAGGCCGUGAUGAUCCUCCAGCAGGCCGAGGGGAUGGUCAAACUGCGCAUUCAGAAAGAUGAAGAUAACCUGGAUGAAUCGGAGUCGUCUGGUUCGGUCAUCUUCACCGUAGAGCUCAAGAGACACGGAGGUCCACUUGGAAUCACCAUUUCGGGCACAGAGGAACCCUUCAAUCCCAUUUUGAUCUCCAGCUUGACCCGAAACGGCCUCGCGCACAGGACUGGUGCGCUUCACAUCGGCGAUCGAGUGUUGGCGAUCAAUAACAUGAGUCUGAAGGGAAAACCUCUGAGCGAGGCCAUUCAUCUACUGCAGACCGCUGGAGACACCGUCACACUCAAAAUCAAGAAACGCUCUGAUCCUAUGUUAGAGUCGGACAGAGGCAGCCCGUCCAGAUCGCCUUCAUGCGUGAGUGACACGGAGGACGACCAAUCAGAUUCUCUCAGGCGGGGCAAAUACUCUGAACUUCGCCUGACCACACCGCCCAGUUUGGACUCGGCAAUGGACUCGUGGGAUAGUUCUGCUCUGGACCCUGGCUAUGGAAGUCAAGGUGUUUAUAUCCAUAGAGCAAAUGAUUUCAACCUUCACCCCAAUGACUGGAGACAGACCAAUCACAGAAGCCCACUGACCUCCAGAAGACACGCCCAUCGAAACGCAGUGUAUGAUGGGAGGUUAGGUGAAGAGGAUUGGACAUACUCUGGAUCUGUCAGUCCCGCACGCUGUUACAACAACAAUACAGAAGCUCAGGAGAACUAUUGGUCGCAAGCUCUUCAGGACUUGGAGACCUGUGGCCAGUCCGAAAUCCUCAGAGAGCUUGAGGCCACUAUGAUGUCAGGCAGCACAUUGAGCUUGGGAGAAGAUAUUGAAAAACAAAACGAAAUCACGACCAAAGCUCUUGCACCGAGCCCAGAAUGGACCUCCGAGAACAUGAGAGACACCAGUCCUUCUCUGCCAUUAGAGCUUCACAAGAUCUGUUUACGGAAAGAUCCUGACAGCAGGGAUUUUGGCUUCAGCGUGUCCGAAGGUCUGCUGGAUAAGGGUGUUUACGUGAACAUGAUCCGUCCCGAUGGGCCUGCCGACCAAGCUGGGUUACGCCCAUUUGACCGUAUUCUACAGGUGAAUCACGCACGGACACGUGACUUUGACUGUUGUCUCGCCGUGCCGUUGAUCACAGAAGCCGGAGAGCCGCUGCAGCUGGUUAUCAGCAGAAAUCCUCUCACUCAGGCACACGUUUGGCCACCUAAAGACUGUCAGGACCCUUCCGAUGCAUUUCCUGCACAAAACCUAAAAAGAGUUGACCUCUGAUUUCCAAACAUGAGCACAAUUUUCAUCGUUUUUUAACAGAAACGGUUCUCUCUCUCACUUUCACAGGGUCAGUCUUACACAAACAGUAGCAUUGUUUUUGUGUUUCUUGUCUACGUUUUUGCACAAUUAAGGGUCCAAUACUAUUUUCAUCACUAAAGUUGAUGAUUUCAUCUUCUGUUAUUCGUUUCACUUUCACGUCUUCCAAGAUUAUUUUGACCACUCGAAGAUUAAUGAGCACAUUUUGUUCACAAAUUGUCACAUGACUUAUCACACAGGCAGUCCAUUUGUUAUGAAAGCCACUUUUAUAUCUGUUGUGUUUAAAUCACACAUACACGGUUAGGUUUUUUUUGUCUGUAUGAAUGCUUUGAUAAUCCAGAUCUGCAGGUUCUUACAAAGAGAUGGGUCGUGUGUCGACUGAUAAAAAGAUGUGUUCUUCUCAAGAAAUGAAAGCUUUACAGUAUGACGGUUCAAAGAGAGAAGCUACAUGGAUAUGCACAAACGCACACGCUUCACAUGCGAGCGAUGUUUUAAUGCAAAUAUUUCAGGUUUAUGUGAGGGGGUUUAGUCAUAGUCUGUCAUUAGACAUUUCACAGUUUAAUGGCUUUACAUCCUGAUCAGAAACAAGAAUAAAUUCAGAUUUUAAGUAAUUGAAAGUCCUUGCGAGGAAUUGGUUUUAAGUGUAACUUUUAAAAGCAAAUAGUUCUCUGUAUUUUACCCACAAUCCUCUAUUCUGCGUAUGAAGCACUUUUGUCUGUACUGUAGGUAGUGAAGGAUGUUUAUGUACAAUGUCACAGAUGUGUAUUUAUUAAUUUUGAAUUAGAAAUGAUAAUUUCCUUUUUAAAGAAAAAUAAAGGAUAAAACGAG